GUUUAGUCGUAUUGCAAUUUCGUUGACAACAGGAUGGUGUGCAUUCUGCGAUAAGGAAGAUUUAUUGUAACCAAAAAAUCACUUUUUAUAUCAGUUUAUAUACAUCAGUUUAUUAUAUAUCACAUCAGUAUUAAAAUGGAGUCUGGUAAAUCUGAAUCUACUCCAAAACAAGCUAUGGUAUACAUUUGUGGAGAAUGUCAUCACGAUAACGAGAUUCGUGCCAAAGAUGCAAUUCGAUGCAGAGAAUGUGGAUAUAGAAUCAUGUACAAGAAGCGUACAAAAAGGCUUGUUGUAUUCGAUGCACGAUAAGUACAUGAGCAGCAAACGAUGGAGAGCAGCAUUAUUUUUUCUUUACAUCUGUUAAAAUAUUUAUUUCGCAUAUAAGGAUUAUUUAAUUUUUAAUAAAGCAAUAUGCAGCAUUUUACCGGAAA